UGAUGCUAAGUAUUCUGUCAUGAGAGAUACACGUUAUGAUAAUGUAGUAUAACAGUAAGCAAUUUGGGUCAUAAUACUGUACAUUUGGGGGUAACUAAGUACCACAAUAAGAUUGUAAAAGAUCAUCAGAACGCAUUGGGAAUACAUCAAUUUGUAAAAAUGAGAUCUCUUCAAAAAAAACCCUGCUUGGUGAUAAUAAACUGAUUGCAAAGCCUGUCUCCUAAGGAAUUUUAUUUUAAUUUUGUAAAUGUAUGACCUGACAUUGAGCGACAAUUGGGAAAUCGGGAGUACGUCUAGGGACAUUAAGGGAUGUCCAUAAUCGGGCAUGCUCGUUAUGAUGAUUCAACAAAAUAACUCAGAUGGAAACAGGUGCCUAUUUAUAUGCACGAGUCGCGAAGUAGUGCCACUUAGACGAAUAUCAACCAUGGAGUACGUUUGUAUUAUUAAUAUCUUGAGCUGUUUUUGCGCUAUUGCUAUUCUAUUUCUACUAGCAAACGAAAUUACAGCAACAGGCGAGGUCGUUUUUGCUGUAAAUUGUGGGGGUCCGGAUCACACAGACCUUAACGGUGUUCAUUAUCAGGGGGACAAACUGAGCAUCGGUACAGCAUCGGACUUUGGCAAGCGAUUAACGAUUAGUCGUGUCGCACAGUUAGAUCAAAUACUUUAUCAAACCGAACGUUACCAUUUGUCAAAUUUCGCGUACGACAUUCCAAUAAAGGACGAUGGAGAUUAUGUAUUGGUGCUAAAAUUUUGCGAGGUUUACUUUCAAGGGCCUAAGUUAAAGGUUUUUGAUGUACGUGUAAACAAUAUUUUGGCGGUAAAGCUGUUAGAUAUUUAUGAUCGAGUGGGAAAAGCUGUUGCACAUGAUGAGUACAUACCUUUCACCAUUACAAAAGGUCAGAUUUUGGUAGAGAAUCAGAUGACACGCUUCACUGGAAAUUUACAUGUGGAAUUUGUUAAGGGGCAUGAUAACCCCAAGAUAAAUGCUAUUGUUGUAAUGAAAGGAAGUUUAGAAGAUGUGCCUAAACUGCCUCCGCUACCUGGACUAAAUGAAAACCAACGUGGGAAUUUUGAAGAAGAACAGAGUAAAUCUGAUGAUAGACCAGAACGACCAAGAAAGACAUCAGGUCCCAGAUCAAUGGAUCCUUAUGCAUCGGAUGAAAGCAGCCUGCUGCUUCCACUUUUAAUUGCAUUAGGCGUCUUUAUACCCACUUUAUUUUGCUUGUGUAAACUUUAGUUCUGUUAAGAUUGAUUUUAUCUGUCGCGUUUUUCACACGUAGUAGUCGCAUUCACUUAACAUUUAUUUAUUCAAAAAUUCUAUUGAAAGAAAGAGACGAAUAUGUAAAUCACAGUUAAAAGUUACAUGGAAAUUUCUCAAAAUGUCGUUGCUUUUGAGUUAUCUUUCCUUCGUUAUUUUCAUCUUUAAACUAUAUUUCUCUUACAUGGGUUCGUAUGAAAAACGUGACAGGAUAACCAUAUUUUGCCAGUUAAUUUAUUUGCUUGUAAAAUUAUUCAGUCAAAAAUUACCUCAAAAAAUAACGCAGACUACGAUUUGCCAAAAA